AUGACCAGGAGGAACACACCAUUGCAAAUCAAGUUGACUCCAUUAAGCAACAGCAAAGUGAAGGCCUCGAUGACCAACAUGGGCUCUGAGGGCUUCAAUCUGUUCUACACUGGCUCUUUCCUCGACAGCGAAGCCCCAAUCGACAGACUCAUCGUCCACGGCACUGCAACACGAGCGAGGUUUAUGGGCCUCCUCGUUCAGGUCUCAAUGAAAGAUCCGAUUGAGACUCAGUUCCUGCCAAUCCUACCAGGCCAGACGAUUGAUACCAUAAUAGACAUGGCUGAGCUUUACGACAUGGAAGUCAGCGAUCGCUACACCAUUCAAGCCAGAGGCUCCCUUCCUUUUGCUGAGCUAGGCAGUACCAGACUCACCGGACUAUCCCUUCCCUAUGCCUCCAACGUCAUCUCCAUGGACGUAGACGGCGCCGAAGCAGCCAAAGUCCCAUAUGCCGUGUUGAACUUGCGCCAGAAGCGAGCUGAACUCGAGUGCUCGAGUGAGCGUAACGCAAUCCUCAAGCAAGCCCGAGAAAGCUGCGCCAUGCUUGCCGGCAAUGCUGCCAAGGCCGCCCAGUCGGGACGUUUGAUGCAGGAGUACUUCAAAUCGACAUCCGACUCGGUUGUCUCGCAGGUAGUCCAACGCUUCAAUGCAGUGGCUGAAGAGUGUGCUUCGAAUUCAGCGCCUAGCAAGAGCUCCGUUUCGUGUACUGACGUAAAUGAACUUUGCUCCAAACCGGGUUACAUCGCCUACACCAACCCCAGUAGCAAUGUCAUCACCUACUGUGAUAUCUUCUAUGAGGGUCUCGGGGCCCUAACCGGACAAUGUGGAGUCCAGGAUCAAGCGAAUACCGUUGUGCACGAAACGACACAUUGUCCUGAUGUGUUCAGUCCGUAUACUUUGGAUUACGCAUAUGGGCCUGCAGUGACGAAUUUGAACAGUGACCAGGCUGUGUUAAAUGCGGAUACGUAUCGCAUGUAUGCGGGUGCAAUAUUCGGCAACUGCUCUGACAGCUAG